CCCCCCGGUCGCCGGCGUCCCGGUGGUGGUGGUCCAGGGUGUCAGAAGGAAGAGUGCUUGCUUGGUUGCUUGCUAGUCGUAGCUGCUUGCUCGUGGUUGGUUGGGCGCGUGCGUUGGAGAGAGGCGGGAUGGAGAGGAAGGGAGGGUGCUGCCUCGCGCCGAGGUACGGCGCCGCCGCGGGUGGGCAGCAGCAGCAGCAGCCGGCGGGCGCCGCGUGGCAGAUGGGGAGGAUCAUGCUCAAGUUCAGGCCGAUUGCACCCAAGCCGGCGGCCAUGGCGCCCGUCCCGACCCCGGCGCCGGUGCUGGCGGCGGGUGCGGGGGCGGGGAGGGGGAAGCGGAAGGCCGUGGGCGCUGGGGGGAGGAGGGGGCGGAAGUCCAGGAGGGCGGCGACCGUCGCGCCGGUGGUCGCUGCUCCUGCGGCGGCGGGGGACUGCAGGAAGCACAAGGAUUGCGACAAGGAGAAGUCGCUGUCGUCGCGGUCCUCGUCCUCGUCGGGGAUGACGUCCGUGGACUCGCCUCCGCCUCCGCAGCAGGCACGUCCGCCGGCGACGCUGCCGCUCAUGCCCGUGUCGCCGGUGGAGGAGAAGCCUGCCGUUGCUGCUGCGACCGGGGAGCCGGCCCCGGUGGUGGUGUCUAUGGCGCCCGCCCCCGCCGCGGGAGCACAGCCGGUGCCUCCGCGGCUGGCGCUCCGUCCCGCUGCGGCGGCUUCCUCCUGGGUGACGGUGGAGGAGGUGACCGCGACGUGGCGCGACGGCGAGGAGGCGCCGUCCUCCGCGGCCGCCGACGCCCCGGCGUUCGUGUCGGACCAGUGGGGCCGCGUGACGUGGACGAACGCCGCGUUCGCCCGGGCCGUGUCCGCGGACGGCGAUGAGGCGCCGGCGGUGGGGCUCGCCGGCGCGCUCCCGGCGUGGGGCACCUGCGCGGGGUUCACGUGCCGGGUGCGCGUCGUCCGGCACGCGAGCAGUGCCACCCCGCGCCGCGGCUGCGGCGGCGGCUCCUCCGUGGUGGCGCCCUGCGACGUGUGGCGGCUGGAAGCCGGCGGCUGCUACCUCUGGCGCCUGGACCUGCAGGCGGCGCUCACCCUCGGCGGCCUCCCGUGAGCAGCAGCAGGCAGCCUGCCACUACAGCUGGCCACAGCCAUCCGAACCUGAGUACGUGUCCCUCGUACGGAGGCGUAUUUUAUCUAGCAAAUCGAACCAUGGGUUUGUUUACUAAUUACUGAUUCCACCCGGCGUAUGGCUAAGCCUGAUCGGGCCCAAUUAAGCACGUCGAGGCCUGACUUGCUAUACUAAUUAUGGAUUAUUAGUUUAGAGAGAGUGAGUUGCAAGAGGGCCGUGUUUAGUUUUGUACAGUUACUGUCAUAUGAAUAUUCGGACACAUGCAGAGUAUUAAAUAAAGUUAGAAAAAAAUAACUAAUUAUAUAGUUUA